GACAACUUUCGUCAUAGUCUCUGUUGUUCAUCCAGAAGCCCAGCUUAGAGAGUCCUCCAACUCUGGCUACUACUUUUCUUAUCGCCCCCACCCUUCCAGCUCCACGAUGGUCCUGUGCAUCCCUGUGAGCCCCUGGGUAGCAGCUUUGAUGGUGUUGCUGAGCAGAGGGAUCCAGGGAGGGGCCCCUCCAGACAACCACCUGCUGCGCGCACUGCACGAGUGCUACGCGGAGGACAACAGGACUCAGCGCUACGUCAUGAGAUGUAUCUUGGACCGUGAGGAGUUCAUGCGCUUCGACAGCACGGUGGGCGAGUUCCGGGCGCUCACCGCUAUGGGGCGGCCGUGGGCCGAGUCCUGGAACAGCCAGAAGGAGUACAUGGAGCGACGGAGGGCCGAGGUGGACACGGUGUGCCGACACAACUACGAGCUGAACCAGGGCUUCACCGUGAAACGCCGAGUCCAGCCUAAGGUGCAUGUGUCACCCUCCAAGAAGGUGGCCCUGCAGCACCAUGGCCUGCUGGUCUGCCACGCAACAGAUUUUUACCCGGGCAACAUUCAAGUCCGCUGGUUCCGGAAUGGCCAGGAAGAAACUGCUGGGGUGGUGUCCACCAACCUGAUCCGAAAUGGGGACUGGACCUUCCAGAUUCUGGUCAUGCUGGAGAUGACCCCACAGGGUGGAGACGUCUACACCUGCCACGUGGAGCACCCCAGCCUGCAGAGCCCCAUCACCGUGGAGUGGAAGGUCCGGUCUGACUCUGCCAGAAACAAGAUGCUGACGGGAGUGUGUGGCCUGGUUCUUGGACUCAUCUUCCUGGCGGUGGGCACCACCAUGCACCUGAGGUGCAAGAAGGCUCAGCUGAGAGCUCCAGGAUCUCCAUGAGCAGGUUCUGCCUGCCGUGGUGUCCACCAGCUCCUAGCAGUCCAUGAACUAUGAACCAUCAACAGAGGCUGGAGAGAGUCUGCUCAGCAGUUAUGCACUUGCUAGAAUUCCAGAGGACCCUGGCCCAGGUCCCAGCAUCCGUGUCUGACGGCUUUCAACUGCCUGUAAGUCCAGCUGCAAGGCAUUGUAAAUGCUCUUCCGUCUUCCAUGAGCACGCACACGCACACAUAAAUACAAAUAGGAAUAAAUCCAUCAAAGGGUAAAUCUUC